AUGGCAGCUGCUUUUCACUACAUGGACGAGCCGCCCAAUGGCUCUGACGCCCAUGAGACCUCUGCCUCCAUCCCUGACUCCUCUUCCCUACCGCAUCGCCUGCCAGACUCUCAGUCAAGCAUUCGGAUGAACUUCAAGGGGCAGCCAGGGCAGGACGGGUUCAACAGAAGGGUGAAGUUAGUCCAGGCUAUGAUGCAGUUGCCGCCAGAGAAAAUCUUCGCAACGAAGGAAAAGAGUAGCAUGUACAAAGAGAUCACAGAUCUUCUCAACCGAGACCCAGCCUUCGCGGGGGGGCUGAAGCAGGGUACGACCCGAGACAAGUGGCUAGAGGUCAUCUCCACAGUGGACUCGAUCAUAGCAAAUGGGUCAGAGGACAAGUACAUCAAGUCGGCAAGCAGUGGGAAGGGUGGUCUGAAUGAGCUAGAUGAGCUCUACCUUAGACUUGCCAGGGAGAAGUCCGAGUGGUUGAGAAAUCAUGAUCGAAGUAGGGAAGGGGCCGCGGGCGAUGACAUACCCCAGCGCGGGCGGAGGAGUGUGGGGAAUGCAGUUCAAAAUCAGCCUGAUGCAUGCAACGUCCACGAGGCUGCAGACGAGCGAAUGGAGAAGUCAAGAGCGUCGUACGCGCACUCCGAGCAUUCCGAGGAUGGUGGGGGAAGCAGCGACGAGAAUGGAGGGGGUUGUCAGGGUAGGAGCUCCUCCCAUCCAAACCAGCAGACAGCCAGGGAGUCAAACAAGCGGCAGAGGGUAGAUACGGACAGAAAGGCUGAUCGCAAUCGUCCAGCGAUCGGAUCAGCAAACUCGAACUUCAGUGCCGUGUUGGAAUGGCUCCGCAGUUCAGACGAGAAAUACCACCAGUCGUUGGAAGCAGAUAGGGAGGUGGCGAAGAUCAAGGCAGAGGCUGAGCUGCAGCACGAGAAAGCCAAGGUUCUCAAGCGGGAAGCAGAGGUUCUUGCGAAGAAGACUGAGUCGUACGAGCGAGGGAUCGAGCUGCUCAAGUUGUUGGCAUCAUGUCAUGAGAAGGGUAUAACGGUGCCCCCACACAUGCUUGUGUAG